GUUUACCCGGAUGUGUGUCAGCUGACUGGCAACAGUCACAACACCGCUGACAGCUGGCUAGCCAGCUAGCAGCUAACGUGGAGCAGACGAGGCUUCGCCGUCGGACGGGGGGCGAGCGGGAAUGUAGACCGGAGGACUGAGCUCCACUAGCGACUCAUGGCGGCCGAAAGACAGCCUCGCCCGCAGGCUCGGACGCCAUGUCUGCUGAGCACGAUCGAGCCUUUCCAAGAUGUCGUUAGCUCGGCGGUCAUCAUCCCGAAGGAGGACGGCGUCAUCAGCGUGUCCGAGGACAGGACGAUCCGGGUUUGGCUGAAGAGAGACAGCGGUCAGUACUGGCCGAGUGUCUACCACACGCUCUCCACCUCGUGCUCCUGCAUGUCCUUCAACCCAGAGACGAGGAGGCUCUCCGUGGGGAUGGACACCGGCAGCAUCUGUGAAUUUGUCCUGUCGGAAGACUACAACAAGUUGACCCCAGCCAGCACCUACCAGGCCCAUCAGGGCCGGGUCACAGUGGUCCUGUUCGUGCUGGAGAUGGAGUGGCUCCUAAGCACCGGCCAGGACAAGAACCUCAACUGGCUCUGCUCGGAGAGCGGUCAGCAGCUGGGGACGUACCGCACGGCCGCCUGGGUCUCCGGCCUCCAGUUCGACGUGGAGACCAGACAUGCUUUCGUAGGAGACCAGUCGGGUCAGGUGACCAUCCUGAAGCUGGAGCAGGACAGCUGCAGCUUGGUGACCACCUUCAAAGGACACACUGGUCAUGUGACGGCUCUGUGCUGGGACCCGGUCCAGAGGGUUCUGUUCUCCGGCAGCUCGGACCACUCCAUCAUCAUGUGGGACAUCGGAGGCCGCAAAGGCACCGCCAUCGAGCUGCAGGGUCACAAUGAGAAGGUUCAGGGUCUCUGCUACGCUUCACACACCCGUCAGCUGAUCUCCUGCAGCUCAGACGGAAGCAUCGUCAUCUGGAACAUGGACGUAACGAGACAAGAGACCCCCGAGUGGUUGGACAGCGACUCGUGUCAGAAGUGUGAGCAGCCCUUCUUCUGGAACUUCAAACAGAUGUGGGACAGUAAGAAGAUCGGCCUCCGACAGCAUCACUGCAGGAAGUGCGGCCGGGCCGUGUGCGCCAAGUGCUCGUCCCGCCGCUCCGCCAUCCCGCUCAUGGGCUUCGAGUUCGAGGUGCGAGUCUGCGACGGCUGCCACGAGUCCAUCAGCGACGAGGACCGAGCGCCCACCGUCACCUUCCACGACAGCAAGCACGGCGUCGUGCACAUGCACUACGAGCCCACCACGGGGAAGCUGCUGACCUCCGGGACCGACAAGGUCGUCAAGCUGUGGGACAUGAGUCCUGUGGUGUCCUGAGCUUCAGGCGGGACCGGGAUCAAUCACAUGACCAGCUGGUCAUCGGCCAGGACCCUGCAGGCCGUUGGAGUGGGUCGGGCCUCACUCUGACCUUUGACCCAAGGUCACGGACGGAAGGACGGGUGUUUGAGUGACAGCUGGCUCUCUUUAGGGGCGGGUUCAGGGAUUUGAUGCGAUGGAGCUGAUUGUCGGUCUGCAGGUUUAAACUUAAAAUGAUCUCUAUCAGUCCAGUGAAUAUUUGGACCUUUUCACGUCUGUUCAAACACUCCAUCUGUGUCAGUUUGUGUUGUUGGGUGACUUUGGAGGAUCUGAAUGAAACAUUUAAAAGUCACACAGUAACACAAACUAGCCAACAGAAGCGGUUAAAUCCCUGUUUUCAUCGACGGAGCCUGGUGAAAAGUUCAUUUCACGUCUCCGUGUUCCGUAAACGUACUUUACAUACAUGUCCUCAGUUUGCUCUGUGGCGGCUGCGUGUCCCCGCGUCCAUCCGUCUCCCCGUCCAACCUUCCAUCUGCUCGCUGUCCAUCUCUGGAGGUUACUUCUUCUGUCACUUCAGAGAAACCCAAGUGUGACGUCAUGAUGAGGUCAUCGCGGCGUGUUGUAAACUGCACGCCGGUCUCUACUGCUAGUCAGCGUAUUUAUCACCCAGCAUGUGGGCGCCGUGACCAAACUAACCCUUUUUGUUACUGCACUGGAAUGGAGAAGAGAAAAACGACACACUGUGAAGAGAAAACACGUUUGUUCUUCAGCAGUCAGACGGUGACUUUGUACUUUUGACCCACUGAAUAUUGAGUUAAUAUUUACUGAGCAUUCACUCAACAUUUCCUAACAAUUUGUGAUAUUAAACAUGUUUCAUCCAUAAAGGUCAGACUGGAGCAGCCGUUAAGUCAUAAACACAAUUCUAUUCAACCACGUAUCAUAUUUGUGUUGUUGCCGUUGUACAGCUUUUAGUUUCAGGGUGUGAAAAUCAAGCAGAGGGAAUAAUCAAUAUACCUAUAUAUUUAUCUCUGUAUAUAGCUUCACUCUUUAGCAUCGUCUUCACAGUUUCACUGGAAUAUUAAAAAAACGCCUGAAAACUAAAUUGCUAGCUUUUCAAAAUAAAAUCCUGUGAUGUAAAUGA